AUGGCGGGGUUCUUUCGAGUGGCCGUGCUGCUCCUGCCCUUACCGGCGCUGGGGCGCGGGAGGCAGCUGACGACCGUGAGCUGCCCCACUCGCAGUUCCCUGCACACGGAAUGGGGCUGCCCGGAUGGCGAGCUCGGGCCAGAGCUCCUCGUGGACCCGGGCUUCUCGGGCGCUGCCUGGGGGACCUACCUCAAGGAGCCAGGCGGCGCCAGCUUCAGCUUCACCGGUAACGGCGUGGCCGUCGAUGCUGCGGCGGACGACGAUGAGACGCCGUGGCACGUGCAGCUGACACAGGCGAUCUCUCUGGAACAAGGUGGCGCCACGGAGUCUUUUUAUAGCCUGUGCGUCCAGGCAUCUUCCACGGAGGCCGGCACGAUCCAAUUCGCUGUGGACGCCGACGGCGCUCUCAACUUUGCUGUGGCCGGGGGCGGCGUGCGUGCCCAGAUGAGCUUGGCCGGCGAUGGCCGGUUCCGCAACCAUUGCUUUAGCUUCCGCUUGGGGCCGUCGGAUUUCACAUACCAAGGGCGCGUUGCCCUGGACUUGGGCGCCGUGAAAGACGUGAAGGUAUGUCACGCAUCGCUCAAGCGCUGCGCGGUGCGCCCCAGGGUGGCUGGCAUCACGCCGGUGAGGCGGUGCUACCUCGCUCCGCUGUCGCAGGGGCUGGGCUGCACUCUGCUGGACAGCCAGAGCGGUGCAGAGUUCCGCGAGAAUCGGCAUGGCCAGGAAACCACCGGAAAACAAGCAUGCCUGCGAGAGAUGCGGGUACUUGCAGGCAACACCUUCGUGUUCUCGAUCGGGCACUGUGAAAUCUGGCGGUGCCCUUCAAGAGCUGCGCUGGUGGAGGCAGCGACGAGUUCCGACUCCAAGGAAGUCUUCAGCGAGCUUUGCGAGUACGACGAGACGGUGGCUGGGCGCCGGGGCGCCGAGAAGAGGUCGCCAGUGUACGUACAGCUCUGGGAGUGGAACUUCGAUGACAUCGCAAAGGAGUGCGCGAACUACCUUGGCCCCAAUGGCUUCGAUGCGGUGCAGGUCUCACCCGUGACCGAGCAUAUCCUCGGGUCGGAGUGGUUUACCAAGUACCAGCCCAUUGGCUUCGGCCUCAACUCCCGCUCGGGCAGUGAGGGCCAGUUCAAAGAGAUGGUCGCGAAGUGCCGCGCUGCUGGGGUUCAGGUCAUCGUGGAUGUGAUUCUCAACCACGUCGCCGCGCCAUGCCAGGCUGCCAUCGAGGCAGGCGGUGCGGUCGUGAUGCCCUGCAAGGGAUGGGCCGGCUCGCCCUACGGGAACCGGAGGAUCAACUCCCAGGAUGGCUGGAAGGGCCCCGAGCUUUUCCACAACCGCCAGGCCAUUGACGGCAACCUCCUGGGCAACUGCCCUGUUGAGGAGCCCAGCUUCACGUGUCCGCAGAGUGACCCUCCUGGUGACUGCACGCAAUGCGACUUCAAAGGCCUCCCUGACUGGAACACGGGUCUGCAGCCCACGCGCGACAUCCUGGUGAAGCAUCUCACGGAGUUGCACGAUCUGGGUGUAACAAUGCUCCGCCUCGAUGCAGCAAGCUACGUCUCCACGGAGGAUUUGGCAGCGAUCAUCAAUCAGCUGCCCUGGGACUUGGUGUACCAGGAGUGGUGGGGCGGCGUGCCUCUCGAAGAGAGGAGCGUGGCCGUCGGGCACUACCGGGAUCAGAAGUAUGGGCUGAAGAUCACCAAUGCCCUGGGCGUGGGCGACGCCAAGUACAUGCCGGAGCUCUUGAACAUUAGCCACGGCAUCGAUGGCAUCCCCCCAGAGCGCGCCGUCUACCCGCUGACCUUCCACGACCAGAGGACUUUCGAGGCUGAUCGCUUCGUCCCGACCUUCAAGAACGGCUUGGAGUUUCAUCAGCAGCAGAAGUUCAUGCUCGCCUGGCCGGAGGCGGUUGGCGUGCGCCUCUUUGGCGGCUACACCUUCACGGACAUGGAUGCGGGACCCCCUGGAAACUGUGGGAACGGCCGAUGCCAGCCAUUUCCCGUGUACAUGUUCAAUGAUGCCGAGCCUCGCUGCAUGCCGACGCCCACGACAUCCCCAUUGGCAACCGACUACGAGGGCUGGGUCUGUGAGCACCGCUGGGAGGGUAUCGCCGGCCUUGUGGGCUUCCGCAAGGCUUGUCGCGGGCUUCCCGUUACGCAGACGUGGUCGGAGUCGAGCAUUCCAUCUGUAGGACUAGGACGCUUUGCUUUCCGCGCUGGUCCCGACUGCUUCGUUGCACUGGUGCGAGGUGACAACACACG